AUGUCAUCUCUUAGCAAGAUUUCUUCUCCUAGUCAAAGCAUGGAGCCAUCUGAUAAUAGGAAAAGACCCACGGGUUCACGCCUGACUCCAAUAGCGUGCCGUGUGUGUAAUGAAGUUUUCUUUAACAAUGUGAGCCUCAUCCUACACUUUGAGUCUCACGUCAAAGAUGAGGUGUCAAUGGCCAGUUUAGACCUGACUUUUCUGCAAAGUGGCAGGCAUUCAUCUUUGAAUCCACCACCAUUUUCCUCUUCCGUUGAGCAAACGGGCAACCCUCAUUGUGAACCAAGGCCUCAUUCUGUUUCCUCAGCAUCAACACUAAAUGCUUUGCAACCAGAUGGAACCCUUGUUGAUAUACCAGUUCUGAAUCCCAUGCUGCCAAUAGACCCAUCUCUUGACGGGCAAAUUAAUGGGGAGAAUAUAUCAAAAACACUCCAUCAUUCGACCAGAAUCCACCGUAGGGUUAUCCCAUCAGCAUCAUCCUACCCGUUAAUAUAUUCUCAAGUAGGUAUGGGGAGCUUUGGUCCUCCUGGCUCCAAAUCUUUGCUGCUUCCGUUACAGUUUAGGGGGAAAAUUGGGGGACAAGGGCAGCUGUUAGUUUAUAAGAAUCCCCACCUGAAGCAGCUGGAGAAUCCCAUCCCAGAGGUUAUUGUCAUAAGUGAUGAUGAGGAAGAUGAGAACAAGAGUGCUGAGAUAGACCUGACGUUGAAGCUUUGA